UGUGAUUGACUGAGGAGACGAGAUGAGAGGGCGGCUGGGCGAUACCAUUCAUCCGGCCCAACACCGAAAAAUAGCCUAUGAAAAGAUUAAUGAGCUCUAGAAGCCAUCAGGACUGCGGUUUCAAAGAGGAUUAUGGGCGUGUAGCUGAAUUCGAUGCGUUCCCUUUUUUGUUGGUCAUGAUUUUCCUGCGGAGGCUUGUGCAGCUUUCGGUGCUGCUGAUCCACGCUGGAUGGUGGGGGGUCGCGCCGAGCCCCACCGAUGAGGGAGCACUCCGGACUGGCCACGGAGAGCACGGAGAGCCUGGACACCAAGAGCCUCACAAGGACUCCUACAGCACCUUUGCCUCCGAGUUUCUGGAGUCCAGAUAUCUGUCCGAUGAUGGUUACCCAUUCCCCACAGCACCCCCAGUUGACCCCUUUGCCAAGAUCAAAGUCAGCGACUGUGGAGUAACAAAGGGCUGCAUAAGGUACGGGAAGCCGGGGUGCGAUGCAGAGACGUGUGACUACUUUCUGAGUUAUCGUCGCAUCGGGACAGAUGUGGAGUUUGAGCUGAGCGCAGAUACGGAUGGCUGGGUGGCUGUAGGUUUCUCAUCUGAUAAGAAAAUGGGAGGAGACGAUGUUAUGGCCUGUGUGCACGAUGAUAACGGGCGCGUGCGGAUACAUCACUUCUACAACGUCGGCCAGUGGGCCAAGGAGAUCAAGAGGAAUCCGGCUCGAGACGAAGAGGGCAUAUUUGAGAACAACCGCGUCACCUGCCGUUUCAAGCGACCGUUAUACGUCCCACGAGAGGAAACGCUUGUGGACUUACACCUCUCGUGGUACUACCUGUUUGCAUGGGGACCUGCUAUUCAAGGUUCCAUCACGAGGCACGAUAUUGACAGUCCUCCAGUCAGCGAGCACAUGAUCAGCAUCUAUAAGUACGUGGACAUCUUCAUGCCCUCCACAGCUUAUCAGACAUUUAAUUCUCCCCUCUGCUUACUGCUCAUAGUAGCUCUCACCUUCUACCUGCUGAUGGGGACGCCAUAACGAAGCACAGCACAGCACAGCACAGCAGAGAGAGGAUGAAGCAGCAAUAAAAAAAGUUUAAAUCUGAUGCCACAUACAAGUGCCCUCUUUGCACAGACUGUGUUAGAUAUAUUGAACAUGAAAGACUAUAUAUUCAUAACUCACACAGCAUCUUGAAGUAUUAAAGCAACACUCUAGAGGUGACAUGUGCUGAUCUGAGUAUUAGACAAGAGGGCAGAGUAGUAGUAGUAGUUUAAAAUAGGCCAGUCAUUUUCAGUGUUAACGAUAGCUUCCAGUUAUAUAAAAAUAUGAGGACUCCAUUCCAACAAAUACAUCUCACAAGACUUUGAAACCCUGCAUGCACUGGAAAAUCUGGGAAUGGUUUCAGACACCCACCGUGCACUGGUGAAUAAUGUCAAACUUUGCCAAAACAACGGGUUUCUGAGGAUGAAAGGAAAAUAAAACAGCUCUCACAAAUGC